UGACCUUCCCGAGUAGGAUUUGGACAAUUGGACCCAGCCCUUGUAGACGGACGCUGGGUGUACGGGUUCUUCCCGUCCUCCAUUUCUGGUUUGCGGAGAAGGGAACGCAUUUUGCCAGCUGUAGCUUUAAAUUCUGAUCCAUUUGAAUUGAAUUUUCCGAGAGUUCAAAAAAGGCCGCAGAAGAGAACCAAUCAACCAAUCCUCUCAUCUCUGACGAUCAAAUUACACUUGCAGAACAAGAAACAGAUUGAAGUCUUUUUUUAUUUUUUCAGAAUCUCUUAUUUGCGAGCGAAUAUUUGUUCAGAUCGAUCUGUAUGCAUAACUUAGGAUUCUCGUCUGAAGCUUCUCUACAUGAACGGAAACCUUGAAAACUUCAUAAAUCUAGGGCAGAUAUAAACCCUAGAGAGAAAGAUACUGGGAGAUAUAUAGAUUGAUGGAUCCAGAGCAGACUUUCAUUCGAGUUCAAGAGCGGUUCUCGCAGAUGCUGACUCCAAGAAUCCGUGCUGCUCUUGAGUAUGUCUAUCUCGUGGUUGCCAUCGCUUUGUUCUGUUUGUUGGUCGUCAUGCAUGCCAAUUAUGUUCAGCAGCCUGGAUGUUCAAGUGAGCUUUCUGGAAUUGAAUCAUCUGAAGCCCAACUUGUUCAAAUCAAGAUAACUAGUAUUGGGCUGUGGUCAGGGAAGGCUAGUGAAUCUAAUGCAAUGGAUAAUUCCAACAAGGGAAUUUCAAGUGAUAAUUUGGAAGUUUCAAGUGUGGAUGGAGAUUCUCUGACAUUUUUGGCACCAAAAUUUUGGUUGAACUGGAUUAAUUCAGGUGCCAGGAGGAGCAAAUUGGUAUUAAAACCCUGGAAGACUGAUAAUGAAUUUCUUGAGCCUCAGGUUGAAAGUUUAACUGACAGUUGGAGCUCCAAGUCUGUCAUUGAUGACUCUGAAGUUAAGGUUGAAAAGGAACAGCCAAAUAUUGGCUUUCCUAUAUCAGCAAGAGAAUCAUUUAAAGCAGCAAUUCUUGACUUCUGGCACAAGUGGCUCAGGCGAUUUUCUUUCAUGUGUGGACAUUCAAAGCAAUUCCUAGGGGGCUUACACCAACUAUGGAAUAUUGCAGGUAUAAAUCUGUAUCUGGAUAUUCCGAAAUGGUUGCAGGUGUUUCACUUAGAAAGGCUUAACCUAUUUUUAGUGCAAUGGCUUGAGAAAAGAAGCAAAGCAUUUGAACCAACUUACUUAUACACCAUGGAGAAGGGUUAUUUUCUACUUCCUGAAGGAGCUAAAUCUCGACACAAUAUACGUACUGUUAACAUUAGCAUUUCCGCUCGACACUCCUGCUUUGGAAAUAGGUGGCAACAACUUUUGAUAAACAGAUUUGUUGGAUAUGACACAAUCUUGAUGAAUAGCUUAUUGAAUUCUCCUGGUCAAGGUUAUCUGUACAAUUACCAAACUAAGGAGUUCUAUGAUCUUAGUUAUGCACAUGAGCCAGCGGAAGGUUAUACAAGAUUUGGAGAUUACUUUGUGACGAAGUGUGGGGUGCUUAUGAUGUCUCUCUUUGUUUUCUUCACGACAACAAUGUCAGUUUCAUUUACUCUUAGAGAGACACAGACACGCAUGCUGAAGUUCACAGUGCAGCUUCAACACCAUGCACGGCAUCAGCUACCAACUUUUCAGUUGAUCUUUGUGCAUGUAAUUGAAUCACUGGUCUUUGUACCGAUUAUGAUUGGAAUCCUAUUUUUUCUGUUUGAGUUUUAUGAUGACCAACUGCUUGCUUUCAUGGUCUUGAUUGUUGUAUGGCUGUGUGAAUUGUUUACACUGAUCAGCGUUCGGACACCAUUAUCAGUGAAGUUCUUCCCUCGGUUCUUCUUGCUUUAUUUUCUGGUUUUCCACAUUUAUUUCUUUUCAUAUGCUUAUGGUUUUUCAUAUUUGGCUUUCUCCACCACUGCAGCAUUUAUGCAGCACCUCAUUCUAUACUUUUGGAACCGCUUUGAGGUCCCAGCUCUACAAAGAUUUAGGCGGUCUCAGCUUCAGCAGCACCCAGACUUCCACAUUACCUCAUCUACGAUCCUAGCUUCAACCUUACACAUCACAAGAUUAAACACAAGAAACCAACAGCCAGUCAACAGUGACCCUGUUUCAGGAGGUCACUUGAGUGCUGAAUCUGAUCAAGCUAGGUCAGCAAAUGGUGCGCCAGAAGCUUCAGGACUUCAAGAGCCACUAGAGACUGACAAUCCAGACAGGAUACAUGGUCCUAUUCAAUUUCCACAACCAACCGAUCCACAACAAACUGAAGCAGCCCCUAAUCCCAGUACCUUGAACUCAUUCAGUUCGCUUUUAUUAUGGAUCCUAGGUGGUGCUUCUUCCGAUGGCCUUAAUUACCUUCUUUCCAUAUUCAGAGAUGUGAGAGACCAAGGUCAAGUUUAUGCUGAGGCUCCACAGCAGGAAAACCAGGCAGCACAGGACAAUAGAUGGUGAAGAAGAGGGUUGAAAAGGGUUUGAAUUGAUUGGUUGCCUGGAGUUUUAAUGCAUCAAGAUACUUGGGUGGCAAGACAAAGAUACUAAAGUGACAGUGCUGUGGUUGAUGUUCAAGCUGCCUAUGUAUUCUUAUCAUAUCACAAAGGUGUAGGCGUAUAGAAAAUAUUGUGGGAAGUUUUCUUAAUCAAAUGUGUUGUAUUAUAAAUUUAUAAUAUAGUAUAGAGGGCUUUUUCUUGUCAAUAAGAAAUCGAGAUUGGUUUUCUUCC